AGGAGGAGGUCUUCAGUGAGAGCAGAGCUGAGGGGUUUAGAGCAGAGCAGACCCGGGCAGAGCACCGCGGAGGAACCUCAGCUCAGCUCAGUGUCUGGACUCGCUCAGGACUGACUGGCGGAGGAGCGAGAAAAAACUGCAGUGAGGAAACGGAUCGGGUUUCAGGGGGGAGUGACAUUUCUUGAGGGGCUGGAGAGAAAGAGGGAGAGAGAGAAGGAGUGAGGGAGCUGCAAGAAGAAGGAGAAAAAGAAGAAGAGCCUGUAGCCUAAACCUGAGUGAGAAAAGCGUCUGAGAAAAGCAGCAGGAGACUGUCCGCGGACCGUGUCUAGCAGGAUGUAUACCCGGGCGAGGCGCUCCGUCUCCGGCUGCUAAAACUCCGCUUUACCCCCAGCCUUGGAGAACCGUGGGGGCUGUUGUUUUUUUUAGGAGGUGGAGGAAGACGAGAACGACUCUGCGGAGACGGACUUAACGGAGAAAGACAGAAAGUUCUGGGUGUUUAUCGGUGUUUUACUGGAGUUUUACAGUGGAUUUACUGGUUCGCUGCUGCUGGAUACGGAUCCGGGCUGGCAGUGAUUUUGGAAUAGUGAAGACUGGGCGAUUCAGCGGAGUUUUUCUUAUUUUUUUGAGGGGUUUGGAGCGGAGUUUGGAUAUAUAUCAUCAGUCUGCCCAUAUGCCCCCGCCUGCCUGCGCUGUUUGUGCGGAUCGGGAUCCUCAAAACUUAGCGGUGAUUGGAGGGGAUUCCAGUGAGUGACGGGCCGAGACAGCCUGAAGUUCAUGAUUGGGUGGUGCUCCUCAGAUGGGAUCAGUGUCCAGGGGGAGGUGGAGGAUAGGGGCAUGGGGAGGCACGUCCGCCGCUGACGGGAUGUCCGCCUGGCCGUGGCUUGUGGCCGUGCUCCUGCUGUUGACCCUGGCAACGGCAUCCGUGGCACGGCCGCCCAUCGUGGCUGGUGAAGAGGAGGAGGCCAGACUCAGUGACGAGCCGCCCACCAAAUACGAAAUCUCUAAGCCCACCGUGUGCUCAGUGCACCCGGGGGACCUGCUGCGGCUUAGCUGCCCACUGCCAGAGGCAGCCGCCAUCGUCUGGACCAAAGACGGCUCUUCGCUGGGCCCAGACAACCGCACACUCAUAGAGCGGGAGUCGCUGCAGAUCCGCGACGCUACGCCGCGGGACUCGGGCCUGUACACGUGCAGCGCAGAGGGCGCCAAACAUGGCGACACGCUGUGCUUCAUCGUAAACGUCACAGAUGCCAUUUCAUCCGGUGAUGAUGAGGACGACUCGGAGCGGUCGGACGAUGUCACGGCAGACGGCGGACAGAUGCAAGCUCCACGCUGGACCAUGCCUGAUAAAAUGGAGAAGAAGCUGCACGCCGUUCCAGCGGCCAACACUGUGAAGUUUAGAUGUGCAGCAGCGGGAGAUCCCACACCUUCUAUGCACUGGCUGAAGAACGGCAAACCCUUCCGGCAGGAGGACCGCAUGGGGGGCUACAAGGUUCGACUCCAGCACUGGACUCUGAUCAUGGAGAGCGUGGUUCCCUCUGAUAAAGGAAACUACACCUGUGUGGUGGAGAACAAACACGGCUCCAUCAGCCACACCUACACCCUGGACGUAGUUGAACGCUCUCCUCAUCGGCCCAUCCUCCAGGCUGGUCUGCCGGCCAACGCCACCGCGCACGUGGGGGAGGACGCCAAGUUUGUCUGUAAAGUCUACAGUGAUGCCCAGCCUCACAUCCAGUGGCUGCAUCACAUCACCAGGAACGGAAGCCGCUACGGUCCCGAUGGACUCCCUUAUGUCCGUGUGCUAAAGACGGCAGGUGUAAACACCACGGACAAAGAGAUCGAGGUCCUCCACCUGCCCAACGUCACUUUCGAGGACGCGGGUGAAUAUACAUGCUUGGCGGGUAACUCUAUUGGGAUCUCCUAUCACUCUGCUUGGUUGACGGUUCUUCCAGCUGAAAUAGGCACCAUAGAACCCAACUAUCCCCCGGACUACGUGGAGAUCGCUAUCUACUGCGUGGGCGUCUUCCUCAUCGCCUGCAUGGUGGGGACCGUGGUGGCCUGCAGAGUGAAAACCUCCACAAAGAAGCCCGACUUUGGGGGGCAGCCUGCAGUGCAUAAGCUCACUAAACAGAUCCCUCUGCGCCGCCAGGUAACAGUGUCGUCUGACUCCAGCUCCUCAAUGAACUCUAGUACACCACUGGUUCGAAUCACAACCCGCCGAAGCUCUGACCACGAUCAGAUCAUUCCGGAAUACGACCUCCCAGAGGAUCCACGCUGGGAAUUCUCCAGAGACAAGCUGACUCUGGGCAAGCCGCUGGGUGAAGGCUGUUUCGGGCAAGUGGUAAUGGCAGAGGCGCUGGGCAUCGAUAAAGACAAACCCAAAGAGGCCGUGACUGUAGCUGUUAAGAUGCUGAAAGACGAUGCCACAGAGAAGGACCUGUCUGACCUGGUGUCAGAAAUGGAGAUGAUGAAGAUGAUUGGCCGACACAAGAACAUUAUCAACUUGCUGGGGGCGUGCACGCAAGACGGUCCUUUAUAUGUGAUAGUGGAGUACGCCUCCAAGGGAAAUUUAAGGGAGUAUCUGAGAGCCAGGCGGCCUCCAGGGAUGGAGUACUCUUAUGAUAUAGCCCGCGUGUCUGACGAACCACUUACCUUCAAGGACCUGGUUUCCUGCACUUAUCAGGUGGCUCGGGGCAUGGAGUAUUUAGCCUCGCAAAAGUGUAUACACAGAGACCUGGCUGCCAGAAACGUCCUGGUCACCGAGAGCAACGUGAUGAAGAUCGCAGAUUUCGGCUUGGCCAGAGACGUCCACAACAUUGAUUAUUAUAAAAAGACCACCAAUGGUCGAUUGCCGGUGAAGUGGAUGGCUCCAGAGGCGCUGUUUGAUCGUGUGUACACACACCAGAGCGAUGUCUGGUCGUUUGGAGUGCUGAUGUGGGAGAUCUUCACUCUGGGAGGAUCACCGUAUCCUGGAAUUCCUGUGGAGGAGCUCUUUAAACUCCUAAAAGAGGGCCACCGCAUGGACAAGCCUGCCAACUGCACCAAUGACCUGUACAUGAUGAUGAAAGACUGUUGGCACGCCAUCUCCUCACAGAGGCCUACUUUUAAACAGCUGGUGGAGGACUUGGAUCGCAUUCUCACCUUGGCAACCCAUGAGGAGUAUAUCGACCUGUGCGCCCCCACGGAGCAGUACUCGCCCUGCUUUCCGGACACCCGCAGCUCCUGCUCCUCCGGAGACGACUCGGUCUUCUCCCACGACCCCUUACCGGACGAACCAUGCCUCCCCAAGUACCAGCACAUCAACGGGGGCAUCAAAACAUGAGCUGCUCCUGCCCAACCCACCCCCUACUCACCCUUCACCUCCACAGAGCCCUGUGACUCCUCCAACCUCUCCCCUCUCCCCACCUUCUGCCUCCACACCUCCUCCUCUCCGCUCCUGCUGGACAUACGGAGCACAGGGAGGCUGGAGCCGGCAAACGCUGCUGUCUGAGGAGCGAACUGGUGUGUGUGUAGCAGUACGCAGUUUACCGCACGCUGGAAACGCACAUGCACGCGCUCUACAAACGUGACCAAGCUCUUAACGUGAGGACCGAGACCCGACAAUAGUGUUCACCUUCUUUUUUUAUUGCCUGACUGAAAAACGAGUUCAUCUUAAGGGUCCACCUCUUCCAAUUUACGUUUUUAUUUCCUUUCGGUUUGUGUUUCUGUUGGACUUGUGUCGGACUUCUUCAAUAUUUCUGCCACCAUUCCAGUUUCUUGGCAUUCCAGGACUCUCAGUUUCCAAGAGAAACGGAGCACACAGACUUUAAACAAGCGAGAGACUAAGCAAACUACGGCAAUAAAGAAGAAGAAGAAGAAAAAUAGGAAACACGUUAAAAAGGACACCUUCAACUAACAAACAAGGACUAGAAACGAUGACAUGACUACACUGCCUCUGGUCGAUUUUGUAAAAAUGUUCACAUUCUGUUUUUUUAUAUUGAUAACGCAGUUAUCAAACAAAGCCCAUGCAUUUAUUCUUACGGAGGAAAAAAUACUACACGGUAUAUAGUGCUGGGUAUAUUUGUAAAUAUAUUCAAAUAUGUAAAAAAAUAUAUAUAUAUUAUAUAUUUACAGUGAAUUAUUUUUUGUAUGAACUCCAGAAUAAUUCCUCCCUCUUUUUCACCUUCCGAGUGAAGACAGACAGGUUUUCUCAUAACCUGCUUUUUUACUCAUGUGUCAUAUUCCUAUAUAUAUACACACAUACAUACACACACACAAACAUACAUACAUACGCACACACACACACACACACACACACACACACAAACUUGUCUUACUCUCACUUGCUGAGAAAUUUGAGUAUUUUGGCUUUCAGGGAAAGAGAUAGCAUGUUAAUUUAUUGACUUAAGUGAAUCAAAAGGAGAAAAAAGAUCAAGAAUAACAAAGAGAUAAUAAUAAUAAUAAUAAUAAUAAUAAUAAUAUUAAUGGCUGCAGUAGAAACGAUAAUGAUUCGUAAUGUUUAUUUUUUUAAUUUAAAGUGAUAUUUCAGUGAGGAAAUGGUACAGAGGAUUAUGUGUAGUGGGUACUCGAGAGAUUCAUGCUUCCUAUGUUUUUUAUAUACACAAAUGUGAAUAUUAAGUUAAAUAAUAACAUACAUUUUAUAGUCAGCUAAUCCCUUUUCUUUUGUAGAGGAUGUUGUUUUUAUCCAUCUGUUUUACUAUCACCACGGUUUGUACAUGAAUUUGAUCAAAUUCUGACUGUCUGACGGAGGGGGGGAAAUGUUGUUUUGCAAAAUGAAGCCCACUAUGGUUCUGUUCGUUCAGCUGCAGGUACAAUAUAGAUUUUUUAAAGAUGGAUUUACUGAAGCGAAAGUAUUAAAUAAAUCAUACAAGUGUUCAUAUUUUUAUACCCGACAAAUGAAAUGAUAUUGUUCUCUACAAGUGUUCCUGACAGAUUCGCAAUUAAAGAGGAAAAAUUAAA